AUGAAGGCUCCCAGGACACACCGAGAAGACAUACACAACGCGGACCGUAGGGCAAGGGAACUCUACCGCUAUUACCAGCCUCCCUCUCGACCUGGGACAGUUUCAUCUUGGCUCCCUGCUGUGACCGACGGAUUCCCAUUUUCUGCAGAUUCAGGGACCACACUCACGCCGCCCAUUUCCGAAGGCAACGAGCCUUCGGGCUGCAGCGCAAGUCCACCGCCAGCGACUGCACUCGGCACCGAAAAUCUCGUUUUGGGCACCACAAACAGUACAUUUACAUCUUUUGCCCAAUUAGCGGCCUUGCGCCUGAAUGUCGAACGGGUGUUCAUAUCGGUCUUGGAUCGCGACGUCCAACACAUCAUUGCCGAAGCCACGAGAUCUCUUAACUUGAACAAUUCGUCCAUUCACGAUGAGAGCGAUGGGCCCUGGUUAGGUACUUCCGAUACUCGCAAAGCAUGGAGUGUGUGCAAGGACACUCUUGCACUACCCCCGAACGAUCGCGAGAAUGCAGAUUACCAAUUCCUUGUUGUGGACGACAUGACCGAACACGAGCGCUACAAAGAAUUACCCUUCGUCAAAGAAGACCCCAACUUUCACUUUUACGCCGGAACUCCAUUGACAACCGAGAAAAACAUCAACUUGGGUUGCUUUUUCGUGCUGGACACAAGGAGACGGGACGGAUUGACACCGUUAGAAAAGGAUACUAUGGGGUCUCUGUCAACGCUCGUGAUGGACUAUAUGAAAAUAUGCAGACAGGCCUCCGAGGGACGACGAGCAGCGCGUCUUUCCCGGGGGCUGAGCUAUUUUGUUGAGGGAAGCUCCAGUUUCGUGGAUAGCAUUGACCCGUCACGCGCCGACAGUGUCGCUUCUCAAGCAGCAACUCCGCCAUCUUCCUAUAAACAGGCGAGUGCUUCAAGUGGCUCUCGUGGAAACAGCGCAGCACACGCCUCACAAGCGCCGUCCGACUCUUCACCAAACAACAGAUCACUCAGUAACGAUACGCGGUCUUUCAGCUCAGUGCCCUUUGAUUUGAAGUUAGACGAGGAUUCAGGAUUGCAGGGCGAUUCGAGAUCGAGUAGCGAUUCCAGAUUGGAUGGUGGCUCCAGGGAGAACACCUCGAAAAUGGACUCCGGUACUGUUGAGAGCUCUUUGCCAGAGUGGCUCACGAGCAGCAGUCGAAAUCGCUUGCCACCCGAUGAUUCACAAGGAAACUCCUGGUGCUUUCGACGGGCGGCCAACUUGCUUCGCGAGAGUCUUGACUUGAGCGGCGACAGCGGUGUCAUUUUCUUGGAGGCGAAUAAUAGUCCACUCAUGGACGUCGAUACAGGAAGUGACCCGUCCAACACAGGCGGUCCUGCCCCUGUUCUGUCGGCAUCAACGAAUGAUGAACCCUUCGCUCCUCAGGCGGGGUCAAUGGCAACAUGCCCUGCAGCCAAUCUGGACCGAUCCUUCCUACAGUUGCUGCUUCGAAGAUACCCUAGAGGAAAGCUCUGGUCAUUCCACCGCGACGGUCUCAUAUCCACAUCGGAUGAUGACGAUCAACAACCUCAAGACAAAGCCACUCGUAGCACUAGCGCUACGAGUCUAUCUCCCCCUGGCGUUACACCAGCUUCAAAAUCCAUCCGCAACCGGCGUAAAGCUGCGGAGAACUCAAUACUCAACAAGUAUUUCCCUAACGCCACGCAAAUCAUGUUCGUGCCAUUGUGGAAUGCGGUCACUUCGCAAUGGUUUGCUGGAUGUUUCUGCUGGAGCACUAUUGAGACACAGGUCUUCACCACAUCAGUUGAACUCAGUUCAGUCCUAGGAUUUUCAUCCUCUAUCAUGGCUGAGUACAGCCGCGUUGAAUCUCUCAUCGCAGACCGGCAGAAGGGCGAUUUCAUUGGGAGUAUUUCUCAUGAACUCCGUAGCCCUCUUCACGGCAUCUUGGCCGCUGUCGAAUUCUUGAACAGCACUCAUCUAAAUGAGUUCCAGAACUCAUUGCUCGAGACCGUCAACGCCUGUGGCCGGACGCUACUGGACACAAUGAAUCAGGUACUGGAUUUCAGCAAAGUGGUCUCUUUGGAACGGACAUGGCGGUCAAUGAAGCGGAAGAAAGAGUCACCGCUGGAUCUCCACGGUUCGGCAAAACUCGCCCACCAUCUGGAUACGUACGUCGCUACGGAUGUGGCAAUUCUCGCGGAGGAAGUUGUUGAAGGCAUCUGUCUCGGCCAUGUAUACGGCCAGAGCUCCACUGCGUCGGCCGACCUACCUGUGUUGAUGCCACAUCAUCCAAAGCUGCAGAACCAACGAUCUAACGUGGAGGUUGUAGUCGAUGUAUCCUUCCGGGAUUGGGUUUACCGGACUCAGCCGGGCGCUUUGAGACGCAUUAUUAUGAACAUUUUUGGAAAUGCUAUGAAAUACACAGAAUCCGGCCGCGUCACUUUAUCCCUGGCAGCAUCCAGUCAGUCCGAAGGACGGUCUCGACGGCAAGGCCUCGAGGAUCUGGUAACCUUGACUGUAACCGACACGGGCAAAGGUAUAUCGGAAGAGUUUUUGCGCGGCAAGCUUUACACGCCAUUUGCUCAAGAAGACUCCUUGGCUGUGGGUACCGGAUUGGGAUUGUCCAUUGUCCGGAGUUUGGUCAAGGCUUUGGAUGGAAGCAUUCGUAUUCGCAGCUGCCCUGGGGAGGGCACUGUUGUCUCCGUGUCUCUUCCGCUACAGCGUCCUGUUGGCAAGGAAAGCCCGACCUUGGAGCCUUCUGGACAACUUAUUCAACACAGAGAGCUCCUGACCCAAACUCUCUUGCUUCGUGAGGGAUACCCUGGCAAGCGAGCUGCUAUUUGGGGCCUUGAUCCAGAGAACGCGGCUGAUGAUCCCCAUUGGGGCGAAAUUGCUCGAUAUCUUUCAGACUGGUAUGACAUGGAGAUCGUUGCAUGGGCACCCGAUGUCCAUAUGGAUAUUGUGCUCAUGGACGAAAAUGACUUACCUACCUUCCGUACCAUUGCACCUACGGCCACUUUGCCUGCACUUCUUGUACUAUGCCAUAAGUCAGUGGACUAUAGCGGGGCACUUUCUGAGUGGUUGCCUCUUGCAUCUUCCGUAGACAUUAUUCGUCGUCCUUGUGGGCCUCACAAACUGGCCCGAAGUGUGCUGAGAUGCCUGAAACACGGCCAGUCGACAUCUGCAAUACCGGCUUCGGCAACGCAACAACCCAUGAGCCUACCGAUCCGGAGCAAUCUCUCUCUGCCGUCUGCUCCCUCUUCCCCUGGCAUAUCUCACGCAGAGGUCAGGAGUGCUCCAGAGUUGGAGUACACUGGAGCUUGCCCUCUGUCUGCAUCACCAAUGUGCUCGGCCCCGCUAGUCGCGGCAUUACCCAAGGACGUCCCAAACUCCCCCUUACCAUCGCCACUGAUAGAGGGCAGGGUCAGGACCACGAGCCUGACACGGGUGCUUGUAGUUGAUGACAACCGGAUAAAUCUCAAUCUGAUGAUGACUUUCCUCAAGAAGCGCCAGCUGACCGCACGACUCGAUGCCGCCGAGAACGGCAAAUUGGCCGUCGAGGCCGUCGAACGCAACCAGAGCGGCUAUGAUAUCAUCUUCAUGGAUAUGUCGAUGCCUGUGAUGAAUGGGUUCGAGGCUACUCGUGCUAUUCGCUCGCUGGAGAGGGAGGUGGAUGGCCGUAAGCCGGCUAUCAUCGUUGCCUUGACCGGACUCAGCAGUUCACGCGAUGAGUCCGAUGCCAUGGCUUCUGGUGUGGACCUGUUCCUUACCAAGCCGGUGUCUUUCAAAGAAGUCGCACGGCUGCUGGGUGAAUGGGAAAGGGAUGAGAUGGAGGCAGAACGCAGAUUGGCAGUUUGA